AUGUUCACAACUCCAAUAUCAGAUGGCUAUUUUGGUUUUACUAAUGCAGUUCCUAGUAGUACCAUUGUUUGGCAUGGAGGAGCUACGGAUCAUACACCUAAUGACAUUGGUGGAUACAUGUUUUUCGCCAAUGCAGAUCCUAAUCCUGGCCAGUUUUAUAAGGGCAUUGUCGAUAAUUUGUGUAUUGGUCAGCGAUAUGAAUUUUCUGCCUACUUGGCUAAUGUUGUCGGGCUAUUUGGUCUUGCUAAACCGAAUGUUCUAUUUGAAAUUCGAACUGCAACAUCUGACAACACUUUACUUGCACUGAUAAGCUCAGGCGACAUACCUGAAUAUAGCAGCAUGACUUGGACACAGUAUGGCAUUUCAUUUGUAGCAACAAACACCUCAGUCAUCUUAUUAAUGAUUUCAACUACCGCUAAUGGAGCAGGGAACGAUAUGGCCAUUGAUGAUAUUGCCUUUCGCGCCUGUUCAAAUGCAAGUUCUGGUGUCUGUUCAACAGGUUAA